AUGGAGAUGGCGGCGAAUAAUUUUCCUGGUAUCAAUGAUGGUUACGCUCACAUACUGAGCAUGCUGGAAAGCGAGCUUCUUGAAGACCCGGAGAAUCACCUGGACGACCGGACGCUCUGGCGGAGGCUCUCCGCCGCCAACCCGGGGAUGAACCCAGAGAACCUGGAGGCGCAGUUCCGCGCCGUUAUGGCAGAGAACGGCGCUGCUAUGGCGGGCGUCUACCCCUUCCCAGGUUACCUCGAUCCGCAGACGCAGCAGACGCAUCAGACGCAGGCCGUGGUCAUGGAUCAGCAGCAGCAACAGUAUUUUUACCCACCGCCGCUUCUGCGUCCCCCUCUCGUCGCCGUUGAUCCCGGUAUCGUCGAGUCCCUGAAACAGGCGCUACCGAGUCGCCACACUACCAAGAACACCACUUGGUCGGAUGAGGAACACAGGUCUGCGUUGUGUAGCCUCCGAUUGCAUGCUGUCCGUUCUUAGAUUUUUUUUCUUUUUUUUCGUAUUUCUUGUCCCCAACCUUGGACUUAUCCUCCUGCAAAGGCCGCAUGAGAUGUCUAACUGCUUCUGUUCUUUUCUUCUCUCUUGCAUUAACUUGGUUUCGUUCUCCAUUCAUCCCCUAGUUCGGCUGUUAAGACUCCCUCAACAGACCCUUUGUUCUUGUUUGAUUUUCUCCAACUUUAUUUUCAGAUGACUGAUCUUCGGAUUACAUUUUCUCUCUUUCCAGUCCUUAAUUACAAUUCGCAUCACUCUACUUGUCAACAUCAUGAGACUCGCUCCUGAGAUUCUUCGGUUUUUUCCGUAUUAAGGACUACGGACAUAACUACAAUUCUCCUCUUUCAUUUUUCACCCAUGUUCCCCCCAGAUAUAAUCUUAAUAAUUGAAUUGAAUAUAGAAAAAUCAUUCAAAUCAGUCGGGUUAUGUGAGUAUGAUGAAGAAUAUUUAUAGCUUGACCGUCACGAGAAACCAGCCUGUUGGGUGUAAAAGGUUGAAGCUGCCGUGAAUCACCAAUGCUCGACUUUGUGAACUGCAACCUUCCGUCUUCUUCAUGUCGCAGAGAAACCAGGAGAUCAUCCUUAUCUUCAUAUCGCCCUUGAAGCUGAGUGAGUGUCUGGGGAAAGUAACCGUAUACAGAUAGAAAGAAAGAAACCCAUUAAUUUCUUGGUUUCUAAGGAUUCGUCUCAUUUGGACCUUGUUCGGAAGAAUGAGGAAAGAAUCUGACCCCAAAUGAGAGGACCCCUCACAGAGUAGAUUGAUAUGUGGAGGCAUGCAACUCCAGAAGUCCAUUCAUCCAAGAGGGAACGUGCAGCUGGAUCCCAGGCUUCGGUUGAUGCCAUGUGUACUGACCGACCCAGUGACGGUAAACUUGCAAUUUCUAAUGAUUUUUCCGAGAUUGUCGUCUCUCCUAGUCCCGCAUCCUCCGCUCUCUUCCCCUUUUUGGUAAAUUUCAUUGGAAUUUUUGGUUUGAUCGGACAUCCAUCCACAGAUGUGAAAAUCUUUGAACGAAUCGCGAAAAAAGGUAUUCACAAGCUACUUAUUUAGCUCAUGGUACUCUUUCAACGCCAUUAAUUCUACAGAAACGGUGAAGAUCGAACUAUUUACGGUCCUCGCAUGAUGUUGUGCUCAGUUACCGGUGAGCACUGCGGGAAAGGUUUCAUGGCAAUCGAUGCAAACCACCCUUUUGGCCGAAGUUGCUCACUGAUCGCAAGACUAACGGUGCUUCAACUAUAUUCCAUCCUGUUUCCACAGGCUGUUCCUCCUGGGAAUGGAUCUUCACGGGAAAGGAGAUUGGAAGUCCAUUUCCAGGCACUUCGUUGUCUCGAGGUCACCCAGCCAGAUCGCCAGUCAUGCGCAGAAGUUCUUCAAACGCAACAAGAUCACCUUGAACGACCGGCAUCAGCCGAGUAACCUAGACUUCGCUGCUCUGAACCACCUUCUUCAACAACCCGGUGGGUACAUAUUCAGCCAUGGAAGGAUCAACGAGCUCAGCCAGCUGCUGCCGCCCCUGCACAACAUGUACACUCCCAACGCAGGAUUAUCCUGUUCAGCUCAGGUGUUCCGCUACAGCUUUCUGAAGGGAGGAGACGGACGAUAGGAUCCCUCUCUCGUAG